CUUCUUUUCUGCGCAGCAUGUCUUGACAAGCCAAAACAACAUGGCGGAUCCUGGAAAGAGAGGAGCUCCCAAAAAGAGAUGCCAUAGCUGCAAUGGCAGCAAUGCCCUUGCACAAAGAGUUUGUACAACGUGCAAGGCCCCUUUCCCUCCCCCCAAAAAGAAGGAAAUGAGGGGGGAUGGGAAUAUCACCCACCAAAGAGGACAUCUUUUCGAUAGGACAGAUGUCCUUCAAAAGGAGCACGGCGUGGAUGUGGUCGUCCUUAUGUUUGGACGGCACGGCGAAGGGACGACCACAUCCUGCUACGGCACAAGAGGAAGGGGCCUGAAGUUUAUCGGGGACCAGCAGGAGGCCAAACCUGACGAGGAUGGCCAACUUGCCUUCCGCUUGUUUGAUAGAUUCAUGAGAGCCCAAAGAAAAACACCCGCGGCAACAACACCACCCACGGGGGCACCCGCGGCGACAACACCACCCACUGCAGCACCCGCGGCGACAACACCACCCACGGCAGCACCCGCGGCGACAACACCACCCACGGGGGCACCCGCGGCGACAACACCACCCACGGGGGCACCCGCGGCGACAACACCAACAUGAACAUAGCAUGCUCCAUGUACAAAACAAAAUCAAUCAGUUUAUUUUUCAAGUCUGUUUUUUUGUGUGAUUAUAACUGCUUAACCAGGGGCCUGUUUCUCAAAGCACUCGAGUAUUCUCUGUACCCGAAAACUUCGAAUGUUUUCAGUUUUGUUAGCUGCUGCUUUAUUGUUUGUUUCGUUCUUGGACCUCCUUUUUCUAUUGAUGCUUUCUUUUAUUUUGUAAUACCUUCAAGAUCUCACGAGUAACCCCAAUAUUUAAAAGUGACCCCUCUCAACCAGGAAACUACAGGCAAAUAGCUAUUCUUUUCUCCUUUAAAAAAAUCCUUGAAAAACUUGUAUAUGAUCAAUUAAUCUUCUAUCUUGAAAAGCAUAAUAUCUUAUUUCAAUAUCAGUUUGGAUUCAGGAAAGGCCACUUUACAGAGCAUGCAAUCUUAGAAACUAUCGAAAACCUUAAAACAGCACUAGAUCAAAACAUGCUGACCUGUGGUAUUUUCCUUGAUUUCUCGAAGGCAUUUGAUACCCUAAACCAUAACAUUUUACUUGAUAAAAUGUACAAAUAUGGAAUUAGGGAUACCCCACAAAAAUGGUUUUCAAGCUACCUAAAUGAAAGAAAACAGUUUGUCAAAUUAGGAAACACUGAAUCGGACCUUCAACCAAUUACCUGCGGAGUCCCACAAGGGUCAACACUUGGACCUUUGCUUUUUCUUCUAUACAUCAAUGACCUCCCACACUCCUCAAAAAAACUGAAAUUCAGGAUAUUUGCAGACGAUACAAACAUUUUCUAUUCAUCUAAAAAUCCUAAAGAUUUAGAGCUAACCAUUAACACUGAACUUUUAAAUGUAAUCAAAUAUUUCAAUGCAAAUAAAUAAUCCAUGAACUUUAAGAAAACUAACUACAUUAUUAUUAAAUCACCUAGGAAGAAAGUUAGUAUCACCAUCACAGCCUGUGAUAUCGAGCACAAAAGUACUAUUAAAUAUCUUGGCAUGUUUAUUGACAAUCACCUUAAAAACAAUUAUCCAUGCAUCAUCAUCAAGGGAUAAGAGGACUUAUUUUUAAACAGGCACUUGUUCCGUUUAUUUUACAAUGGUUAAUGUAAUCUAUAGAUUCUUUAUAUGUAAUUCUUUGUUUUCUUUAUUUCGUUUAAAAUGCCCACAUAGAUUUAGCGCUUUACAAAUAAAUAUUAUUAUUAAUUAAACUGAAAA